AACUAACUCCCACUCAAUCCAUUAACUAACUCCCACUAACUCCCACUCAAUCCAUUAACUCUCACUAACUCCCACUCAAUCCAUUAACUCCCACUCACUCCCAUUAACUUCUACUCAAUCCAUUAACUCCCACUCGCCCUGAAUCCCAUUAACUCCCACACACCCUGCGGCUCGGUGAGUCUAAAAAUUCCUGCUUAGUGUGAAUCGAGCACAUUGGAUUGGCCUAGAAUUAGAAAUUCACCCCAGGUGAGUAUUGUCUAGAAUUCAAAGUUUAAAACCAAAGUCAGACUGUCAUGCCCUCGAUCAGGUCAGAUAGACGACGAUUGCCAGCGUUAACUGAAAUGGCUUUAUUUACAGGUUUUGGCAUUACAGCAGUAACGUAGUAGAUAAUAAGGAUAAGGAAAGGGAAAUAUAAACGUUAAGGCAAUAUGCCCUUUAAAGAAAACAACCAAGUGUGCCAAAUAAUAAGCUGGAGAAAGUAUCGUAAGAAUAACAAGACAGGAAUAGGAACUAAUAAGAGUCAGGGAAAGAAAAGCAACAGUUUAUAAAUCAAUAUGUUCUGCACUGUCCAGAUUAGAUAAGGAGUAGGGGUUGUUGCAAUUAAGGUAGGAUGCAACGCAGGUAAGUACCGGAGUGUAGAUAAUCCAAGUAGGAUGCAAUGCAGGUAAGUACCGGAGUGUAGAUAAUAACCCAAGUAGGAUGCAAUGCAGGUAAGUACCGGAGUGUAGAUAAUAACCCAGGUAGGAUGCAAUGCAGGUAAGUACCGGAGUGUAGAUAAUAACCCAAGUAGGAUGCAAUGCAGGUAAGUACCGGAGUGUAGAUAAUAACCCAAGUAGGAUGCAAUGCAGGUAAGUACCGGAGUGUAGAUAAAAACCCAAGUAGGAUGCAAUGCAGGUAAGUACAGGAGUGUAGAUAAUAACCCAAGUAGGAUGCAAUGCAGGUAAGUACCGGAGUGUAGAUAAUAACCCAGGUAGGAUGCAAUGCAGGUAAGUACCGGAGUGUAGAUAAUAACCCAAGUAGGAUGCAAUGCAGGUAAGUACCGGAGUGUAGAUAAUAACCCAAGUAGGAUGCAAUGCAGGUAAGUACCGGAGUGUAGAUAAUAAUCCAAGUAGGAUGCAAUUCAGGUAAGUACCGGAGUGUAGAUAAUAACCCAAGUAGGAUGCAAUGCAGGCACAGGAGGUAGAUAAUCCAAGUAGGAUGCAGGAGCAGGUGGGGUACAGGAGUGUAGAUAAGAACCCGCGAUGCAAUGCAGGUAAGUACCGGAGUGUAGAUAAUAACCCAAGUAGGAUGCAACGCAGGUAAGUACCGGAGUGUAGAUAAUAACCCAGGUAGGAUGCAACGCAGGUAAGUACAGGAGUGUAGAUAAUAACCCAGGUAGGAUGCAACGCAGGUAAGUACCGGAGUGUAGAUAAUAAUCCAAGUGGGAUGCAAUUCAGGUAAGUACAGGAGUGUAGAUAAUAACCCAAGUGGGAUGCAAUUCAGGUAAGUACCGGAGUGUAGAUAAUAACCCAAGUAGGAUGCAACGCAGGUAAGUACCGGAGUGUAGAUAAUAAUCCAAGUAGGAUGCAACGCAGGUAAGUACCGGAGUGUAGAUAAUAAUCCAAGUAGGUGCAAACGCAGGUAAGUACCGGAGUGUAGAUAAUAACCCAAGUAGGAUGCAGUGAAGGUAAGUACCGGAGUGUAGAUAAUAAUCCAAGUAGGAUGCAAUGCAGGUAAGUACCGGAGUGUAGAUAAUAAUCCAAGUAGGAUGCAACGCAGGUAAGUACCGGAGUGUAGAUAAUAACCCAAGUAGGAUGCAGUGAAGGUAAGUACCGGAGUGUAGAUAAUAACCCAAGUGGGAUGCAACGCAGGUAAGUACAGGAGUGUAGAUAAAAACCCAAGUAGGAUGCAAUGCAGGUAAGUACAGGAGCGUAGAUAAUAGCAAUUGCAGGAUGCAAUGCAGGUAAGUACAGUGUAGAUAGCAGCAAGUAGGAUGCAGCGCAGGUAAGUACGGAGUGUAGAUAAUACUUCCAAGUAAGGAUGCAAAAGCGCGGUAAGUACAGAGUAGCGAAUAGCCAGCGGUAGGAUACGCGCGGUAAAGUACGGUGUAGAUAGCCAAUCCCAAGUGGGAUGCAAUUCAGGUAAGUACAGGAGUGUAGAUAAUAACCCAAGUAGGAUGCAACGCAGGUAAGUACCGGAGUGUAGAUAAUAACCCAAGUAGGAUGCAGUGAAGGUAAGUACCGGAGUGUAGAUAAUAACCCAAGUGGGAUGCAACGCAGGUAAGUACAGGAGUGUAGAUAAAAACCCAAGUAGGAUGCAAUGCAGGUAAGUACAGGAGUGUAGAUAAAAACCCAAGUAGGAUGCAAUGCAGGUAAGUACAGGAGUGUAGAUAAUAACCCAAGUAGGAUGCAAUGCAGGUAAGUACCGGAGUGUAGAUAAUAAUCCAAGUGGGAUGCAAUUCAGGUAAGUACAGGAGUGUAGAUAAUAACCCAAGUGGGAUGCAAUUCAGGUAAGUACCGGAGUGUAGAUAAUAACCCAAGUAGGAUGCAAUGCAGGUAAGUACCGGAGUGUAGAUAAUAACCCAAGUAGGAUGCAAUGCAGGUAAGUACCGGAGUGUAGAUAAUAACCCAAGUAGGAUGCAACGCAGGUAAGUACCGGAGUGUAGAUAAUAAUCCAAGUAGGAUGCAAUUCAGGUAAGUACCGGAGUGUAGAUAAUAACCCAAGUAGGAUGCAAUGCAGGUAAGUACCGGAGUGUAGAUAAUCCAAGUAGGAUGCAACGCAGGUAAGUACCGGAGUGUAGAUCUCUCACAGGAGCCAGGAACUGAAGUAAUAGAGUGAACACCAACUUCAAUGUAAAGGCCCCCUACCUUGCCGGGAGUGGCCAUUUAUAGCAGACUUUUUUUAUAAGAUACAGGUGAUUAAGAGGAGACUAGUGACUAGGGAGGCCACUAGAGGUGAAAACCAGGUAUUGUAUUUAAAGGGCCGGUUAUAAAUGAAAAAGUCUUACUUGUCAGUCUGGGAACCUGACAGAGACUGGAAGUUAGCUGGAAUGAAAUUCACUUUGCAUUGCCGACAAUUCUCACUAUAGUAAGUAACCACGCUGGAGUUACUGACUGUGUGUGUGUUAGUAAAUAACCACAUUGGAGUUACUGACUGUGUGUGUGUGUUAGUAAAUAACUGCGUUGGAGUUACUGACUGUGUGUGUGUUAGUAAAUAUCCGCAUUGGAGUUACUGACUGUGUGUGUGUGUGUGUUAGUAAAUAUCCGCAUUGGAGUUACUGACUGUGUGUGUGUUAGUAAAUAACCGCGUUGGAGUUACUGACAAUGUGUGUGUUAGUAAAUAACCGCGUUGGAGUUACUGACAAUGUGUGUGUGUUAGUAAAUAACCACGUUGGAGUUACUGACAAUGUGUGUGUGUUAGUAAAUAUCCGCAUUGGAGUUACUGACAAUGUGUGUGUUAGUAAAUAACCGCGUUGGAGUUACUGACAAUGUGUGUGUGUGUUAGUAAAUAACCGCGUUGGAGUUACUGACAAUGUGUGUGUGUUAGUAAAUAUCCGCAUUGGAGUUACUGACUGUGUGUGUGUGUGUGUUAGUAAAUAUCCGCAUUGGAGUUACUGACUGUGUGUGUGUUAGUAAAUAACCGCGUUGGAGUUACUGACAAUGUGUGUGUGUGUUAGUAAAUAACCGCGUUGGAGUUACUGACAAUGUGUGUGUUAGUAAAUAACCGCGUUGGAGUUACUGACAAUGUGUGUGUGUUAGUAAAUAACCACGUUGGAGUUACUGACAAUGUGUGUGUGUUAGUAAAUAUCCGCAUUGGAGUUACUGACAAUGUGUGUGUUAGUAAAUAUCCGCAUUGGAGUUACUGACUGUGUGUGUGUGUGUGUUAGUAAAUAUCCGCAUUGGAGUUACUGACUGUGUGUGUGUUAGUAAAUAACCGCAUUGGAGUUACUGACAAUGUGUGUGUGUUAGUAAAUAUCCGCAUUGGAGUUACUGACUGUGUGUGUGUGUGUGUUAGUAAAUAUCCGCAUUGGAGUUACUGACUGUGUGUGUGUUAGUAAAUAACCGCGUUGGAGUUACUGACAAUGUGUGUGUUAGUAAAUAGCCGUGUUGGAGUUACUGACAAUGUGUGUGUUAGUAAAUAGCCGUGUUGGAGUUACUGACAAUGUGUGUGUUAGUAAAUAACCGUGUUGGAGUUACUGACAAUGUGUGUGUGUGUGUUGGUAAAUAACCGCGUUGGAGUUACUGGCUGUGUGUGUGUGUUACUGACAAUGUGUGUGUGUUAGUAAAUAACCCAUUGGAGUUAGUGACAAUGUGUGUGUGUGUGUUAGUAAAUAACCGCGUUGGAGUUACUGACUGUGUGUGUGUGUGUUAGUAAAUAACCGAGUUGGAUUUACUGACUGAGUGUGUGUGUGUGUUAGUAAAUAACCGCGUUGGAGUUACUGACAGUGUGUGUGUGUGUGUUAGUAAAUAACCGCGUUGGAGUUACUGACUGUGUGUGUUAGUAAAUAACCGCGUUGGAGUUACUGACUGUGUGUGUGUGUGUUAGUAAAUAACCGAGUUGGAUUUACUGACUGAGUGUGUGUGUGUGUUAGUAAAUAACCGCGUUGGAGUUACUGACAGUGUGUGUGUGUGUGUUAGUAAAUAACCGCGUUGGAGUUACUGACUGUGUGUGUUAGUAAAUAACCGCGUUGGAGUUACUGACAAUGUGUGUGUGUUAGUAAGUAACUGCGUUGGAGUUACUGAUAAUGUGUGUGUGUGUGUUAGUAAAUAACAGCGUUGGAGUUACUGACAAUGUGUGUGUGUGUGUGUUAGUAAGUAACUGCGUUGGAGUUACUGAUAAUGUGUGUGUGUGUGUUAGUAAAUAACCGCGUUGGAGUUACUGACAAUGUGUGUGUGUUAGUAAGUAACUGCGUUGGAGUUACUGACAAUUUGUGUGUGUUAGUAAAUAACCGCGUUGGAGUUACUGACUGUGUGUGUGUUAGUAAAUAACCGCGUUGGAGUUACUGACAAUGUGUGUAUUAGUAAAUAACCACGUUGGAGUUACUGACAGUGUGUGUGUGUGUGUUAGUAAAUAAUCCAUUGGAGUUAGUGACAAUGUGUGUGUGUGUGUGUUAGUAAAUAACCGUGUUAGAGUUACUGACAAUGUGUGUGUUAGUAAAUAACCAUGUUGGAGUUACUGACAAUGUGUGUGUUAGUAAAUAACCACGUUGGAGUUACUGACAAUGUGUGUGUGUGCUAGUAAAUAACCCAUUGGAGUUACUGACAAUGUGUGUGUUAGUAAGUAAUCGCGUUGGAGUUACUGACUGUGUGUGUGUGUGUGUUAGUAAAUAACCGCGUUGGAGUUACUGACUGUGUGUGUGUGUGUUAGUAAAUAACCACGUUGGAGUUACUGACUGUGUGUGUGUGUGUUAGUAAAUAACCGCGUUGGAGUUACUGACAAUGUGUGUGUGUUAGUAAGUAACCGCGUUGGAGUUACUGACAAUGUGUGUGUUAGUAAAUAACCGCGUUGGAGUUACUGACAAUGUGUGUGUGUGUGUUAGUAAAUAGCCGUGUUGGAGUUACUGACUGUGUGUGUGUGUUAGUAAAUAACCAUGUUGGAGUUACUGACAAUGUGUGUGUUAGUAAAUAACCGUGUUGGAGUUACUGACAAUGUGUGUGUUAGUAAAUAACCGCGUUGGAGUUACUGACAAUGUGUGUGUGUUAGUAAAUAACCACGUUGGAGUUACUGACAAUGUGUGUGUGUUAGUAAAUAUCCGCAUUGGAGUUACUGACAAUGUGUGUGUUAGUAAAUAACCGCGUUGGAGUUACUGACAAUGUGUGUGUGUGUUAGUAAAUAACCGCGUUGGAGUUACUGACAAUGUGUGUGUGUUAGUAAAUAUCCGCAUUGGAGUUACUGACAAUGUGUGUGUGUUAGUAUAUAUCCGCAUUGGAGUUACUGACUGUGUGUGUGUGUGUGUUAGUAAAUAUCCGCAUUGGAGUUACUGACUGUGUGUGUGUUAGUAAAUAACCGCAUUGGAGUUACUGACAAUGUGUGUGUGUUAGUAAAUAUCCGCAUUGGAGUUACUGACUGUGUGUGUGUGUGUGUUAGUAAAUAUCCGCAUUGGAGUUACUGACUGUGUGUGUGUUAGUAAAUAACCGCGUUGGAGUUACUGACAAUGUGUGUGUUAGUAAAUAGCCGUGUUGGAGUUACUGACAAUGUGUGUGUUAGUAAAUAGCCGUGUUGGAGUUACUGACAAUGUGUGUGUUAGUAAAUAACCGUGUUGGAGUUACUGACAAUGUGUGUGUGUGUGUUGGUAAAUAACCGCGUUGGAGUUACUGGCUGUGUGUGUGUGUUACUGACAAUGUGUGUGUGUUAGUAAAUAACCCAUUGGAGUUAGUGACAAUGUGUGUGUGUGUGUUAGUAAAUAACCGCGUUGGAGUUACUGACUGUGUGUGUGUGUGUUAGUAAAUAACCGAGUUGGAUUUACUGACUGAGUGUGUGUGUGUGUUAGUAAAUAACCGCGUUGGAGUUACUGACAGUGUGUGUGUGUGUGUUAGUAAAUAACCGCGUUGGAGUUACUGACUGUGUGUGUUAGUAAAUAACCGCGUUGGAGUUACUGACUGUGUGUGUGUGUGUUAGUAAAUAACCGAGUUGGAUUUACUGACUGAGUGUGUGUGUGUUAGUAAAUAACCGCGUUGGAGUUACUGACAAUGUGUGUGUGUUAGUAAGUAACUGCGUUGGAGUUACUGAUAAUGUGUGUGUGUGUGUUAGUAAAUAACAGCGUUGGAGUUACUGACAAUGUGUGUGUGUGUGUGUUAGUAAGUAACUGCGUUGGAGUUACUGAUAAUGUGUGUGUGUGUGUUAGUAAAUAACCGCGUUGGAGUUACUGACAAUGUGUGUGUGUUAGUAAGUAACUGCGUUGGAGUUACUGACAAUUUGUGUGUGUUAGUAAAUAACCGCGUUGGAGUUACUGACUGUGUGUGUGUUAGUAAAUAUCCGCAUUGGAGUUACUGACUGUGUGUGUGUGUGUGUUAGUAAAUAAUCCAUUGGAGUUAGUGACAAUGUGUGUGUGUGUGUGUUAGUAAAUAACCGCGUUAGAGUUACUGACAAUGUGUGUGUUAGUAAAUAACCAUGUUGGAGUUACUGACAAUGUGUGUGUUAGUAAAUAACCACGUUGGAGUUACUGACAAUGUGUGUGUGUGCUAGUAAAUAACCCAUUGGAGUUACUGACAAUGUGUGUGUUAGUAAGUAAUCGCGUUGGAGUUACUGACUGUGUGUGUGUGUGUGUUAGUAAAUAACCGCGUUGGAGUUACUGACUGUGUGUGUGUGUGUUAGUAAAUAACCACGUUGGAGUUACUGACUGUGUGUGUGUGUGUUAGUAAAUAACCGCGUUGGAGUUACUGACAAUGUGUGUGUGUUAGUAAGUAACCGCGUUGGAGUUACUGACAAUGUGUGUGUUAGUAAAUAACCGCGUUGGAGUUACUGACAAUGUGUGUGUGUGUGUUAGUAAAUAGCCGUGUUGGAGUUACUGACUGUGUGUGUGUGUUAGUAAAUAACCAUGUUGGAGUUACUGACUGUGUGUGUGUGUGUGUGUGUGUGUGUUAGUAAAUAACCAUGUUGGAGUUACUGACAAUGUGUAUGUGUGUUAGUAAAUAGCCGUGUUGGAGUUACUGACUGUGUGUGUGUUAGUAAAUAACCAUGUUGGAGUUACUGACUAUGUGUGUGUGUGUGUGUUAGUAAAUAACCAUGUUGGAGUUACUGACUGUGUGUGUGUGUGUUAGUAAAUAACCAUGUUGGAGUUACUGACUGUGUGUGUGUUUGUAAAUAACCGUGUUGGAGUUACUGACUGUGUGUGUGUGUGUGUUGGUAAAUAACUUGUUGGAUUUUGUGCCUUUUUUGCUCAAUCGCCUGAUGAAACACUGGACUGCAAAAUAUGUAGUAAAAGUGAGUUAAAAACACCCCCCAACCCAAAACCAAACACUCUAGUCUCCAUUAUACUGAGUAUUGGGUGUCGCCAUCUUGUAAUCCUGUUCCCAUGAUUCCUUGCAUAGCACCCCAUGUUGCCCUGAGAUGCAAUCACAAGUCAAUGUGAACCCAACUUGUGAGAACAAAUUAAAGAAUCCAGGGAAACAUAAUAAACCUCGUUUUAGGUUAAAUCAAACGACAUUACGUUCUUUUGCAGAAUAUAUUUGGGUAGCUUGAAAAUAAACAUAUGGAUUAGUGCUAAAUUGUUAAAAUUGAUAAUCACAGAUUGUGACUGUUUUUUGAAGGAGUAAGUAGCAAAAUCCAUCUGAAAACCUCAAUACAAUAUGGAGGAUAUCUCUGCAUAAGUUACAAAGUAACAUUCCUUGGAAGAAUGAAGUGAAUGUGUAUUGAGCAGUUAGAUUACAAUGGCCAGGAAAUGUAUUCAACCUGGACUCCUGUUUCUGAUCUCUCAGGUUUAGGAUAACAAUGGAAUUCUCUUCACCUCCUCCACUUCCACCAUCAUUCACACCUUCACCUUGCUUCUAUUAGGAGCAAAUCAGAGCUGCUAUAAAUGAUACAUCAUGCUCCAUUCCCCAGUUGGACACAUGUAGAGACCACAACCAUCAGGUCAGGUUAUAACCUUGGGAUCACAUUGCCUCAGACAGAGCUGGAAGAUGCCUGGAUUCAAGCAGGAAUCAGUGGAUAUAUUCCCAGCCUACAUCCUAGAACAAGUGGAAUAUGAGGGCCCAGGACCACAUUAUCUAUCUGCACAAGGUAAUAAACUCACCAAGAAUCCUGUAGGAAUGAGAGUGAAAUUGUGACAUAGAUUCUUGAUAUCAGGCCUGAAUGAAGCACUGGUUUAUAAUCUUUUUUUUUUUUAUAUCUAUUUGAAGGACACAUUCCUAAUAUGGCCAUCAAUGAUCAUAGAGGGGGUCAGAUUUGCCAGUCUCCAAACCUACCCAACCAACAGCAAGUUACAGAAAAUGCUGAGGUACCCCAUCGCAGAAGGCGGACAACCUUUAACCCACACGAUUUGUUCGUAAUGGAGAGUUUCUUUCAAAUAAACAAAUAUCCAGAUAUAUAUGAACGGGAGAAACUGGCCAACCAAAUCAACCUGCCAGAGGCACGAGUUCAGGUAAGCGCUUAUGUUCAACUAUCCACAGUCCCUAAUGUUACUCACACAACCAUCAAUCUUUAUUAGUAAACUUAUUGCUGUGUAUUUUUUAAGCAGUUGAUUAAAAAGACAAUUUUCUAUGUACAUAUCAAAUGUUGAAUAUAUGAUACUUUUUUGAACUUCGCUUAUUGUAAAUUUCAGUUCCAAAGUUAAAAUAUUGCAUGUAGAACUUAUUAAAUGACUCCGAGAUGAGCUCAGUAUUAAGGAUAGUUUUAAGGGUUUAUUAUUACACACACCUGCAUUCUCAGUGGAGAUAUCAGUCUUUGGGUAAGAACAUCAUAUUGAUCAUAUUAUUGGAAAUAUUUCUGUUAUGUUUAUCACAUGGAUAAUUUAUUAUAUCUGUAUGUAUCUCAUUGAAACAUUUGUGUAUAUCUUAUAUACUUGGUAAAUGUAUUGCAUGUCUCUGUUUCAGGUCUGGUUCCAAAACCGGAGGGCAAAAGCCAAACGAGUGAAGGCUAAGGCGGCCAGUAGAGAUGCAGUGUCACAGCUUUGUCUCAGUGGCCAUGGACCCAGGGCCCAUCCUUAUCCACAAGUACUGUAUUCAUCAAUGCCAGGAAAUUACAAAGUGCUUGCCAAACAACACAUGGAACAGGUGGCACAUGUCCAGGGCCCUGCACCCCUUCUUUAUAGCCAGAAGCCACUCUUCAACCAGGCACCAAGUCCUGUAAAUGGAGAUAAUUUUACCGAACCGGGGAUGUUGGUCCAACAGAUGCAGGCUCCUUCAGCAUCAUUCCACCAUUAUGGAAUGGAUCCUUAUGGCUACUAUGACCAACUUUCUGUAGCCGAUGUUGGCAUAAUUGAUGGACAUAAAACCUGCUGAUUCACCCCAGGAGUCUGGUUGACUCGGAAAACACUUUUACAUCUUUGAUGUCAAUUCAUGAAGAGAAACUUAAGGUCAAACUUUUGAAUAGAUUGUUCUGAGCCAUUACUGAUGGCAAAAGCCCUAAUAUAUUGAUGGAGAUGAUGCAC